AUGGAGGAGCCUAUAUCGACUCCAGGGCUACCUGCACGGACAUUCAAAGCGGCCUCGAAGACACCGGCGAAUGACCAAGUCUUCUCUUCUUCGCCCGGCUUCGGCACGCCUGCAUAUCCCAUUAAAACCCGGCCACCCAACGUCGCCAACCCUUUUGCUGCGCACUUGAACGCAAGUACAAGUGUGCAUAGCGCCCCGACCGUCCUACCGAUCCUUCUCCCGCCCCAGACUUUGAGACCCGUUGCGUUCAGGACGCUCACAAAGAAGCACAACCUCACACUGACCUCGUCCGGGCUCGGGCUGCUUUCUACAUUUGUCGGCAGAUACUGCGGAAGCGGAUGGCGGGAAGAAGGGCUAGCAGAACGUGUGCUUGAUGAGAUAGCAAAAGCAUGGAAAAAAUCAGGUGGCGGCCUGCUCAUCGAGGAUGGGCCGGACAAAAAGCUAUCCAACAUCCUGAAGACUCUCGAGCCAUGCAUGUCCGGAGGACGGCUGGAUACAGGCAAAUUGUCCCGCACCAAUAGCUCCGUUGGCAGUCCAAGUCUAUCACGGUCUGGUUCAUUUGCGAACCGACCUGAUGUGACCAGAGACGACAGCCAGACGAGCCUGGGUAUCUCCGCCUUGGACAUGAAUGACAAGGCUCCCGGUGACAAUGGCGGAGAAGACGACUCUCAUCCUGAUAUACGAUCCUACCUGAGACUCAUCUCGGCAUUUGACCAACCUCGUUUGAUAUACUCAACGUCCAAAAAGUCUCUAGAACCGGCUAAAGGCACCGCCAGCCUCCUCCCACCAAUCCAGCACAAAAUUUCCAUGUUCAGGAACAGAUACCACCUCGUCCACCAGCGGCUAAUGAGAAACGAAUCAUUUCAAGCUCCCUCGUUUGCAACGGCAACCCGACCACCUAGUCUGCUGCACUCAGCCAGCAGCCUGACAACCCAGCAGAACGCCUAUAAAAUCACGCCGAUAUCAAACCUGCUAGGCCGAUCAGGCACUUCGCAUCUUCUGCUGGGCAUGCUAGCCCACUCCGCAGCCGGCGACCUUGCCCUUACAGAUCUCUCCGGCAGUGUUGUCCUAGAUCUCUCAGUCGCCCGUCCAGUCCCUGAGGACGGAGCGUGGUUCUGUCCCGGCAUGAUCGUCCUCGUCGAGGGCACCUAUGAAGAAGACGGCUCUCACAACUCCAACCUCGGCACUGCAGCCGGCGUGGGCGGCCAGAUCAAGGGCGUAUUCGUGGCAGACACGCUAGCCGGUCCCCCAGCUGAAAGGAGGGCACUAACGCUGGGCAUAUCAAACGCCAUCGGCGCUCAAACGCUGCACACGAAUGUGGGUGCUGGGUUCGGCUGGAUCGACUUUCUCGGCCUCGGGAGCGAGAAAGCAAUCGGCUCGCAGAUGCGGCGGGUUCAAAGACGUAUCUUCGGCCCAUCACCACAAACACUACCAAUCUCCAUCGCAGCGGCAGCUGACGAAGACGAACAAGAAUCCGAACCGCCUCGCUGCAAAAUCGCCAUCCUGGGAGAAUGCACCCUCGACUCCCCGCGCACGCUGGAAGCAAUCCGCGCGAUCCUUUCCUCGUAUCACACCUCCAGCUCUGGGCAUGUCUCUUCGCUGCCCCUUUCUAUAGUCCUGAUGGGCAACUUCGUCUCCGCGGCGAGCAUGGCCCGUUCGACCAAGGGAGGCGGCAGCGUCGAAUACAAAGAACACUUCGACGCCCUGGCGUCGGUGUUAUCGGAGUUUUCGUUCCUACUGGCAAAUGUAACCUUUGUAUUUGUGCCAGGAGAUAAUGAUCCCUGGGCGAGUAGCUUUUCAGCCGGAGGCGCGACGAUGGUCCCGAGAAUGGGUGUGCCAGAGGUGUUUACCAGCCGUGUGCGACGUGCGGUGGCGACCGCGAACACGGAAAUCCACGGGACUGGAGGCAAAGACAAAGACAAAGACGCCGUGAAAGGAGAAGUCAUCUGGGCGAGUAAUCCGGCGAGAGUGUGUCUUUUCGGCCCGGUCGAGGAAAUCGUGCUCUUCCGAGACGACAUCACUGGCCGGUUCAGACGACAUGCCGUGACAUUCGCGAGGGCCGAGGGAGAGGAUGAAGAACAGCAGCAGCAGCAGCAGCAUGGACCUACAACAGACUCGCAAUCACAAUCGCAAGCGCCAUCAUCCCCGGACGGAGACGACAGGGACGCGGACGUGGACCGUGACGACGAAAUCCACGCCGCGGCAUCACAUGUCCCUGCCACGAAACCGAGCAGCUCACCCAGCGUGCAGGCCGCCAGGAAACUCAUCAAGACGCUGAUCGAUCAGUCCCACCUGUCGCCUUUCCCGCUACACGCCCGGCCUCAACUUUGGGACCAUGCCUCCUCCCUGUCUCUGUACCCGCUGCCUACUGCGCUGGUGCUCUGCGACGCCGAGAUGCCCUCCUUCGCCAUCACUUACGAAGGAUGCCACGUCAUGAACGUCGGACGGGUUAUCGACGAGUUGGCGCUCCGGAAGGAUAGCAGAGGCAGCGGCGUGGCUAGGUGGAUUGAAUAUGAUUGUCGGAGGGCCCGUGGCGAGGAGAGGAGCGUUAGAUUCUAA